AACGCAUGCGUUGAAAUUCAUAACAUGCAAGAGCAUCCGGUCAUGCUGUUUCUGUAGACCGAUUAAAGUUAAUGCAAUGUUUUCUUUCUCAAAAGCGUGUAUUUUUGUUGUACAAGAACAAUGCAUCGCCGGAAGAUUUGCUUUAUAUUCAUCAAAACAAUUCUUAUGGACAAGUUCAUGCUAUAGUGCAUCAAAAGUAACUUAUCUGAAAACAACAGAAAAGGUCAAAUUAGGCCUUCAAUAUAAUGAAGCUGCAUGGAGCACAACACAGAUUCGAAGCAUUAGUUAUGAAGAGAAACAGAAAAAGCAGAGAACUCAUGCCCAGAAGAUGAUCGAUAUGUUUGACCUACCAACAAAGAAAAAGAAAUUUGAAACAAGAAAGCCAUUUGAUUAUUCAGGAGAUUUUGGAGAAUUGGAACCUUUAAAGGAUGAUGAAACCAUGUUUGUGUACAGGGGAUUGGAAGACAAGUUUAAAGAAUUUCCACAAAACUAUAGUAAAGUGACCAGCCUUGAGUAUGCUGAUGGGCAAGAGAAAAUGGCUCACAGAAUAUGGACUAUGCAAGAAAAGUUUCUCAACAUCUGCAAAUAUGGAGAAAGAAGUGAAAUGAUAAUUGCACAGAAAACAAUCCAGAUCAGAAAUUUAAAGGAACAUUGCCAGAAAAACAAAAAGGAUACUUUAGCAAGAGUGAUAUUGUUGGAACAAAUACAAGGACGUAAAAAAGAAUUGAAAAAGUUACGAAAGAGAGACUACAAGAGAUUUAUUUGGUUACUGAAGGAGCUAGAUCUCCUCUACAGACCACAUCCUCUGUAUGUCGACUUGAAUACCAGACGUGCAAGAAUGCGACAAUACUUGCGAGAUGAAACGUGUCGAAUAAUCCGAGAGAAAAUCAACGCAGUAUACACCAGACUGGACAGUGAGAAAGAAAACUUCUACACCGAGAAGGAAAAAGUUUUAUCAGAGAUUCGUAAGGACCUGUCUGAUCAUAACAUUAGUGCUUACGACGUCCUACAAAACGUCAGAAAGCUCCGACAGGAGAGGGUGGUGGAGAGACAGAACAGAGCCCCGCCCACCCCCAACACGUACAGGUGGAUACAGUCCGAUAAGGACCGCAAAAAGGCGGAGCGCAGGGAGAGGGACCUACACAGGAACGCCCUGGUUAAGAAGGGCAUGCAGAAGCUAGCCCAAUCAGAGGAGGCUUCAUGAAAAAAAAUUCUUAAAUAAAAAAUAUAACAUCAUUUGUAUUUGUAAAUUGCAUUUUCUCACGUUCAACAAAAUGCAAAAAUCCUUUAUUUUGUCCUAUUUCUGGAGAAAUUGAAGUUAUAGGUAUUUGGACUUGGUCAAUUUUCAUGAAACAUUAUUUAUCCUUUUAAUAUUCUUUGAACUAUGGUAAACCUAUUCUGAAAGUUGGUGAUAUGAGAGAAAAAUUUUAUUGAUGAGGUACUUUAAUCCCAUCUUUAAGAUUAAAGAUAAUACAAAGUU